GUUGUUGAACCAACCUACUAGGCGCCAAACCGGAAGUCGAGGGACAUGGGCAACAAAAGUAGCUAUGAACGGUUUGUUUUGUUAGUUUUUAGUGGGGUAACCGUAACCGUUAAUCUUAAGGCAGGACUUACUAGUUACAUUAAGUAUUGUAUUCAUAUUUAGUCUGCUGCUUAUUUUAGUUUUUGCGCCAAAGUAGACAGUACGUUCUGCCAUUCGACGACAUCGGAUAACUCGACGUGUGUCUUGUGAUUAGCAAAUUAUAAAUUAUAGUUUUCUGGUGCGGAAAUCAAACUAAUUUGACAAUAUACCAUGGAAGACAGUGCAGCGUUAAAAAUACCAUAUUCUUUGAAUGUCGGACAUCAGAAAGAAGUGACAAUUACCGAUACGAACCGUCAGAACGGUGUGGACAAAGAUGACUGCUCUGAAGAUCGCGAUGCAACGUCUAAUAAUGUUGACUCGGAGGAUGAGCCUGAACUCCCUCUUAAUCAGUUUUACCCUUAUAUUCGCUGUGCUCUCUGCUGUGGAUUCCUGAUUGAUGCUACCACCAUAACAGAGUGUCUACACACUUUUUGUAAAAGCUGCAUAGUGAAGCACUUCUUCUACAGUAACAGGUGUCCUAAUUGUAGCAUUGUGGUCCAUCAGACACAGCCACUGUACAACAUAAGACCUGACCGACAGUUGCAAGAUAUUGUUUACAAGAUGCUGCCACAUUUGGAAGAAAUGGAGAGAGCAAGGAUGGUUGAUUUUUACAAACAAAGAGGACUGGAUGUACCUAAAACAGUGAUGGCGGCCCCCGUUGUCCCUCAUAAAAGCCAGAAGCAGAGGAGGGAGAUGCUGCCUCAGUCUGUUUUUACUAUUCCUGCUGAACUGGACGUCUCUCUGCAGCUGGAGUUUGUAGGUGCAGAAGAAGGCAUUGACAACUACAAGCCUUUGGAGAGGCGCUACGUGCGUGUAUCUGGGGAGGCCACAGUCCGCCAUGUGGAGCUCUUCAUCAGAAGGAAGAUGGAACUGAGUCCCACCUGCCAGGUGGAUGUUGUGUGUGGAGACCACCUCUUGGACCGGUACCAGUCGCUGCGAGAGAUUCAGAGUUCAGUAGGAGGCAACGCUCUACAGGAUGGUCUUUUGGUUCUGCACUUUGGACUGGUGUUGCCAGCUCACACGUGAAUGGCCAACAGUGGGAUGGAUGAUGCAGAUAGUGAUGAGCACCUUCAGGGAAC